UUUGUGUCACACAGCAGAAGGAAAAGAUCAGCCUCGGGGAAGCAGCAGUAACAGUCGCCCUACCUCUUUGGCGGCCGGCGAUGGCGGCAGUUGCACUGGGGAGGCGAGCAGCCCAGCAACAGCCGCUUCGGUGGGUUGUGCCUUCGCAUUUUUCUGUUACUCUCGCUUGGUCGUAGGAAGUCGACGAGUUACAGUUUCCGUUUGUACGUUUCGGGACUUCGGGAGGAGGAGGAGGAGGAAAAGGAGAAGAGGAGGUGGCGGCGGCUGCUCCUCCUCGGAGCGCAAUCGCCGCCGCUGAUAAGGGCAAAACCGGAGAGAGGAAAAAUUGGAAGAAAAAUUCAGAAAAAAAGGAAGGAAGAGGGUGAGACUCCGUAAAAAUAACACUGCUUGCCUCUGCAAGACGACGCCCGCCCCAUCACCAGCCGCUGCCGCCGCGAGGGUCGUCCAUUUGAAACCGAGCCUGGAUCUUCCCAAGGGGGAUCGGACGGACGCCCGGAGAGAAGGAGCCGGGGGUGGAAGAGGAGGAAGGCGGCCAAGGAAAAGAAGUGGGGGGCGGAAGAGAGGCCCAAUCCUCGCCGCCGCUUAAGGAUUUACCGUUUCUGGAUUUUGAAGGGUUCCCGUUUGUUUGGGCCUAACUUUCCCCCCUUCCCCCUCUCUCUGUGCUUUUGCUCCGCGUGGAUUAUUUCAGUUGCAAGAAAAGCAGCAGCAGCCGCCGCAGUAAGAAAACCUGCUUUCCUUUUUCAAAAAAAUUGUUCCCCCCAUUUCCCCUUUUGGGGGGCUGCAUAUGUUUGUGACGCUGUUAUUAUUGUUAUUAUUUUGGAAGGGCGCAGUAAAACGUCACCGGGUGCCUGGGAAGCCGGAGGAAUAUUUGCAUCCAGUCGAGGAUUUUGGAUGGUUUAUCAUUCAUCGCCCCCUCCUCUCUUUACCCUGAGACGGAAGGAGCAUAGCAGCCCCAUGGCCUGAUCGGCUGCAAGAGGGGCUUUUGGAGCUUUCCUUGCGGCUUCUUCGGAGGGGGUAGGAUCAGAUCCCUCAGCAGCAGAAACUACCUUUGGCUGGAUUUUAUUUUAUUUUUGGUCUCCCGAGGAGGAUGUCAAUGAAGAAGGCGCCUGGAAGAAUCCAGCCCCACUGAGUUGGUCGUCCUUGGGGUCAGGAAGAGGGGGUGGGGGUGUUUGGGUGGCUGUUUUUUCCUCUCCUUCUUAAUUUAAGCUUUAUUGGCUUGGGAUUUGUGACCUUCCCCCCCUCCCCCCAAGCCCUUAAAUCUCUCCUCUAUGCGGGAAGGAGGCUCUGCUUGUCCUGAUCCUCGCGGGGGCUGCUUCUGGUGAAGAAGAGGCCGGAGAUGGGGGACUUCUAUGAUCCAGAACAUCCCACCCUUGACACAUCUUUCAUGUCGAAGGAUCCCAGUGGACAUCAUAAACCUAAUACGUCCAGCAUCCCUGAAAUGCAGUCACCUCUGAGGUGGAAAGGGACAGACAACUGGUGUAUCUUUCCACAGAAUAUGGAUGGGUCUGAAGAGGUAGAAAGAGAAGAAGAAAAUGAUGGCAAGGCUGAAAAUGCACAGAAACCUGGUUUUGUCAAAGGGACAGUGUUCAAAGGAGUUGCAUCUAGCCGUUUCUUGCCCAAAGGCACCCGGACAAAAGUUAACCUUGAGGAACAAGGCAGGCAAAAGGUGUCUUUUAGCUUCAGUCUGACCAAGAAAACCUUGCAGAAUAGAUUUCUGACAGCCCUUGGGAAUGACAAACAAAAUGAGACUCCGAACUCCCCAGCUGCGCCUCUUCAGACUGACUUUGUCUCUAAAAUUAAAAUGGACCUUGGGGAUUCUUCAAGUGUUGUGGAGGAAUUUUCACCACCGAAGCCUAAAGUGGAAUUAGGCAAGAUCCAUUUUAAGAAACAUCUGCUGAAUGUUACAACAAAGCCUCCCCUUGCUGCUGCCAUGCCACCACCAGCAGCAGCAAUAGGACCAGCUGCUACAGCAGAAUCUCUGGAAUUGCCGUCAUCACCACCACCACCUCCCCCUCCUCCUCCCCCUCCCCCUCCUCCAGAAAUGCUACCAGCGCCAACACCAGUCCUAUCCCCAGCAACUUUGCCACCAGUUCCAGUUGCAGUACAAACUGCAGCCACACCUCUGUUGCCAUCACCUGUAGAAACCAUUGUCCGAAUGACAAAGGAGCCCUUGAUGAAAACGCCUCAGGAAACUUUAGAACUGAAUACUAAACAAAACGCUGUGUUGGAUGGCUCUGAAGAAAAUCCAGCUCAAGUUGUUUCUGAGGAAGCAGAACCAGUCCCAACAAAAGGAGAUUCCCAUAUUGGGAAAGAAGUUUCAGGUGGUUCAAAGUGUGCUUCUCAAAGUUCUAAAAAACAAGGUUCCAGGAGGAAAUUGUCUGAUGGCAUAUUGCCAGGUUCUGAAUCUGAUGAAGACUCCGUGAGGACCUCUUCGAGUCAGAGAUCUCAUGAAAUUAAAAUAUCUGCAAGCUUGGAGAAGGAAAAAGAUUCACGAAAGAGCUCUACUUCUGUCAAAAUAGAGGAGCAGGCAAAAUGUUCUUCACGGUCUAGAUCUGACAGGGAUGAAAAAUAUUCUAGUUACUCCUCCAGGUCUGAGAGAGAUUCAAGGUAUUCUUCCUCCCGUUCCAGAUCUGACAGAGAGAGGAGGCGAAGCAGAUCCCGUUCUCGUUCUAGAUCAGAGAGAGGUUCAAGAACUAGUUCUCUGUAUUCCAGAUCUGAACGGUCACAUUACUAUGACCCUGACCGGAGGUACCACAGGAGCUCACCAUACAGAGAGAAGACACGGUAUUCUCGUUCAUAUGUGGAUAGUAGGGCAAGAGAGAGUUCUGAUUCAGAAGAAGAGUAUCGGAGGGCAUAUUCCAGGUCUACAGACUCAAGGCGUACAUCCUCUCACUCUUCAUCUUAUAGAGACUCUAGGACCUCUUAUUCAAAGUCUGAACGGGAUAACAAGUUAGAGUCCUCUCAUACUGAUUCAGAGAGAAAAGGAAAGCCUACAAAAUCAGACAGAGAAUCAAAAAGGACUUCAGAAAGUGAUGUAUCAAAAAAGUGCUCUCCAAUCAGUGAGCCGCGACACCGGAGGGGAACAUCCCAUUCUAAAGAGAGUGGUGCGAAUUCUUCCCGUCACAAGUCUGCCUCUUCAAAGCCAUCUGCUCCAAAGUCAGAUAAAUCUAAAAGUUCUUUCUGUUGUACAGAAUCUGUGGAAAUCAGAGAGCAGUCUAAUUGUAUAGACAUGGAAGCGCCUUGUGUACAAAGCUUUGAAACAAAAACUGCUAUUACACAGAAGCCAGAAACAGAAAGGACUGUUUCUCCGUUAAAUCAGUUAAAUGAUUCACCUAUUUUCAAAAAGUUAAAUGAAUCAAAUGAGACGUCUCCUGUUUCUAAGUUGAAUGAACUUGCAGGAAUUGAUAGCCAUGACAGUAUUAAGGAAGUGGAAUCUGUAAUCAAGGUUAAACAUGAACUGUUAAGAACUUGUUCUCCAAUAGAACUGAAUACAAAUGGGUCCCCAGAAGGAAGGCCCAGUGAUGCAGCACUGUUCUGUACCUCCAGAAUUGAGCAGAUCGCAAUGUCUUCUGAUGAUAGCUUAGACAGACCUGAGCCGCCACCUGAAGUCAAAAAUCCAAAUUUGAACAAGUUACCAUCUAACGGAUUUCAAAGUGUGCAUCUGUCUAAAGGACAUGAUCUAGGUGAUUCUCCUGUCCUUUCAAGUGACUUCAGCAGCUUACAUAAAGAAAAGACAGAAGAUCCAAUUUCCUCUGUAUAUGGCUGUGAACCUUCUUGUAUUGUGAAUAUAAAUAAUUCUAAAAUAUUAACGAAAAAAGUGGAUGAUCUAACAGAUCCUUUUAAUAAAACCAAAGAUCCUGUCUCUUGCUAUCUCUCAGAUUAUGCCACUCUUUCUUUGUAUUACUCAGAAGUUGAAAUUGAAGCUGAGUCUUCAGAUACAAAAGUUACUCAAGAAUCUUCUAUGGAUGUUCACGUAGAACCACCCAUUGAAAAGUUCAAAUAUGCUGAAGUAGAAGAUCAAAAUUCAUCAGAAAUUGCACAUGAAAAAGAAAAAUGUGUUGGUAGCUUCAGUUUGUUAGAGUGUAGCCCAGUCAGAGAUUCUUCUGCAGAAGAAUAUUUUGUGGAAGCAGAAUUAGACAAUGAGUGUAUUGCACAGCAGCAACAAAUACCUGAAAAUGUGUUGUACCAGUCAGAGAUAACAAGCUUGGAGAAGAAGAAAGAAGAACUCUUGGAGUGUCCUGAAGUAGCACUUGAACUGGAUGUCCUGCAUGUUGAUUCUGUUGCAGAGAAAACAAAAUCACCUUUUAAAAAUGAACAUUCUUACUAUUUAGAGAUGCCAGUAGAAGACUCAGAGAAAGAGGAACCAGAUGAGGAGGAAGACUCAGUUGCUCUUGAUACAAGAACCAUGUCUGACUUGAAAGACCACAAUCUUGACGUUUUGGUGAUAAAAGAAAAAAGUAACAAUUCAUUGGCAGGAUCUGCAUUUUCAGAUCCUUUGUCCCCGUCUUGUGAUAUUGUUGUGACUAUAGAAGAAACAGAAACUGCAGCUGAAGUGUCCAGGUGUGACAGCACUGGCAGUACUCCUGAGCUCACUGCCAUUCACAAUGAAGAGUAUUCUGAGACUGCUGAAAGCGCAAGUGAACAGUGUAGUGAUGAAAGUGAUACAGAGGACUCUGAUUCAGAUGACAGCAGUGUUCCAAGGAACCGCCUUCAGUCAGUUGUGGUCAUUCCAAAGAAUUCUACAAUAAGUAUGGAAGAGAGCAGUUCUUGUUCCUCUCGGAACAGCCAAAGUAACAGACGCUAUGUGGAUCACUGGGAAGAUGGCAGGCCAGAGGGCAGCAAACCAUUCUGUGAAGAAAUACCAGAUGAUGUGGAAUCUAAUAAUGGUCUGCAAAAUGAAAGCAGAUGUUUGCCUUCUAGAGAUACAGAGGGGAGCCUAGCAAUAUCUGCUGAGCUCAGUAGAAUAGCGACUGAAGACCUUCAGGCUGGUAUCUCCCAUCCUCAGAGUGAUGGCGUUGACAGUACGAGUCAAUCAGAGCAGACAUCAGAUUCUAUUCACAAACCGAGUCCAGAUGAAAGAGCAUUAUUAACUGAAACCAUGUCUGUAGCACGAUCAAUUGAUGUAUCACAAGAAGAAGAACCGCUUUACCUUUCCAAGAACUUUGAAAUGGCUGACGAUACAUCCAGACUUCAGACCAGUCUUUCCAAGCCAGACAGCAGGCUGGGGAAAUCUGCUUUCGGGGAUCACAUGGACACUGGAGACUUCUCCAGAGAGGGUGGCUUUCAUUCAGCAGAAGACUUGGAGUGGGAUUUCUCCCAACCAGAGAAACCAAGUAGUACAUACCAACAGCCUGAUAGCAGCUAUGGCAUUUUUCCAGGUUAUGUUUAUCCACCAGGUACAGGGCCAUAUGUUGAGUCUCAUCACUACUUGCAUAACAAUGGCUAUUGUGAUCCAAGAUUGACUAACAGACCCUCUGAGAUGAAUUAUGAGCGAAUACAAGGGCAGGUUCCUGAUUCACUUACAGAAGACCAUGAGGAGUAUGAAGAAAUUGACUGUUGGGUUGAUGAAAGCCAGGCCUUCUUCCCCAAUCAGUCGAUUAAGUUCCAGUCACGUGACCCUAGAGAGAAGGGUUCGGUGCAGGCUCACGAGAUAAGUAGUAACUCUGCUAAAGAGCCAGUGGCCACAAGUGAAAGAAAAGAGCAGGUUAAUAAGGUUUUGGAUAAAAAUGAGAUGAAAGAGCGGGGGCCAUUGAAGAAAAGGAGGACAGAUUUAGAGAGCGACACAGAGAGCGAUGCAGACUCCCGGGAAAGGAAGAAGGUCAAAACAGAGGGAGAGCAGUUGCCAAUAAUACCUCAGGACUCUUCAGUGGUUCGUCCACUAUGCUUCAUGGAAGAGUUCAGGGACCCCCAGCGUUGGAAAGAGUUUGCCAAGCACGGGAAAAUGCCCUGUUACUUUGACCUUAUUGAAGAAAAUGUAUAUUUGACGGAAAGGAAAAAGAAUAAAUCCCACCGUGACAUCAAGCGGAUGCUGUGCGAAUGUCCCACGCUUUCCAAAGAGGAGAGGGCUCAAGGAGAUGUGGCAUGUGGAGAAGAUUGCCUUAACCGUCUACUCAUGAUAGAAUGUUCCUCAAGGUGCCCAAAUGGGGAAUAUUGCUCCAACCGACGGUUUCAAAGGAAGCAGCAUGCAGAUGUUGAAGUCAUUCUGACUGAGAAGAAAGGCUGGGGGUUGAGAGCAGCGAAAGACCUUCCCUCUAACACCUUUGUACUAGAGUACUGUGGUGAAGUGCUGGAUCACAAAGAGUUCAAAACCCGAGUGAAGGAGUAUGCCCGGAGCAAGAAUAUCCAUUAUUACUUCAUGGCAUUGAAAAAUGAUGAGAUAAUAGAUGCCACCCAGAAAGGAAACUGCUCUCGUUUUAUGAACCACAGCUGCGAGCCGAACUGUGAGACACAGAAAUGGACAGUGAAUGGACAGCUGAGGGUUGGCUUUUUCACCACAAAGCUAGUGCCGUCGGGCUCAGAACUUACUUUUGACUACCAGUUCCAGAGAUAUGGCAAAGAAGCGCAGAAGUGUUUCUGUGGUUCUGCCAACUGUCGGGGUUACCUUGGUGGAGAAAACAGGGUCAGCAUUAGAGCUGCAGGAGGCAAAAUGAAGAAGGAGCGGUCUCGCAAAAAGGAUUCGGUGGAUGGAGAAUUAGAGGCACUCCUGGAGAAUGGAGAAGGGCUUUCAGAUAAGAAUCAAGUUCUUAGUUUGUCCCGGCUGAUGGUGCGAAUUGAGACCCUAGAGCAAAAGCUCACCUGUCUCAAACUUAUACAGAAUACUCAUUCUCAGGCCUGCCUGAAGUCCUUCUUGGAAUGCCACGGCUUGUCCCUUCUCUGGAUUUGGAUGGCAGAGCUUGGCGACGGCAGGGGAAAUACAGCCAACAACUUGAAGCUCCAGCUAGAGAUUUUGAAGACUUUGGAGCUUUUGCCUAUUCCCAAUAAAAACAUGUUGGAGGAGAGCAAAGUGCUUCCGAUUAUCCAUCGCUGGGCCCAGACUAAGUCUGCUAUUCCACAACUCAGUGAAGGAGAUGGUUAUUCCAGUGAGAACACAUCACGGGCCCAUACUCCUCUUAAUACACCUGAUCCUUCCACAAAGCCUAAUGCGGAGGGCGACACGGACACCCCUAAGAAGCUUGCUUUUCGAAGGCUUAAAAUCAUAAGUGAAAACAGUAUGGACAGUGCCAUCUCGGAUACUACCAGUGAGAUUGAGUUGAAGGAGGGCAAAGAGGACCUUGAGCAUCCAGACAGUGUCCCAACAGAGACAGCAGAGGAACAGCCACUGCAACAAGAGCCCAGCAAGGAGGCAGUUGUUGAGGACUCGGCAGACACCAGCAGAUCUCAGACUGUUGAGCAGGAGGUUGAACCUGAGACAGAGAUGAAAGAGAGCAGUACCACAAAGCUGGAGGAAUCUGUUGCUGCAGAAACCCCGUCUCAGGAUGAAGAGGAGGGUGUGUCAGAUGUGGAGAGUGAGAGGAGUCAAGAACAAACUGAUAAAAUAGUGGAUGCGAGUGAUUUGGCUACCAAACUUCUGGACUGCUGGAAAGACCUAAAAGAGGUAUAUAGAAUCCCAAAGAAGAGUCAAGCAGAAAAGGAGACCAGUGCAGAUCGUGGGCGAGAGAUAGCAGGUCGAGACCCAGCUGCUACCCCAAAAAACCUGAGCAGAGAACGAGACCCUGAAAGGCAAAGUCAAAGCAAGGAAAAGAAAAAGCGCAGAGAUUCUUUGUCACCACCAUCAGCCUAUGAACGAGGCACCAAGCGAUCAGAUGACAGAUAUGACACACCAGCCACAACCUCCAAAAAGAAAGCCCGGAUCAAGGACCGCAACAAGCUGUCCACUGAAGAACGCAGGAAGCUUUUUGAGCAGGAGGUUGCCCAGCGUGAGGCCCAGAAGCAGCAGCAGCAGUUGCAGAGCCUUGGGAUGGCAUCUCCUCUUCCCUAUGACUCCCUGGCCUACAGUGCCUCCCACCACACUUUUAUGGGCUACCCCCCUGGCUACCCCAUGCAGUCAUAUGUGGAUCCCAGCAAUCCCAAUGCUGGGAAGGUGCUGCUCCCCACCCCGAGCAUGGAUCCCAUGUGCUCCCCUGCCGCCUAUGAGCACCCUCAGACAUUGGUUGGACACACCAUUGAACCAACCCUGACUGCUCCUCAGCCGGUGCCCGUGGUUCAGCAUGUAGCAACAACCCUGGAGGUGUCAACCCCACAGUAUGUAGCACAGAGCGACCCUGUGGUCCACCAGGAGCCGACUGUCGCAGUCUUGCCAGUACCAGCCCCAAGUCCGGUGCAAGGACAAAGCUAUGGAGUCUGGGAUUCCAGCCAGCAGACUGUCGCGGUGCAGCCGCCGUAUUCUCCAGCCCAGUCGCAGCCGGCCAUUUAUUAUCAAGGACAGGCCUGUCAGGCCGUUUAUGGAGUGACAUCGCCAUAUUCUCAGACCACGCCACCGAUAGUACAGAGUUACGCACAGCCAGGUCUUCAGUAUAUCCAGGGACAGCAGAUUUACACUGCUCAUCCGCAGGGUGUUGUGGUACAGCCUACAACAGCCGUGACAACUAUUGUAGCAGCGGGACAACCCCCACCUAUACAGCAGCCAGAGCUGGUGGUCACCAACAACCUCUUGGACCUGCCUCCUCCCUCUCCUCCCAAACCUAAAACCAUUGUCCUCCCUCCUAAUUGGAAAACGGCCCGAGAUCCUGAGGGGAAGAUCUACUACUAUCAUGUGGUCACAAGGCAAACCCAGUGGGACCCUCCAAACUGGGACAGCCCAGAAGAUGAUGCCAGCCUUGAACACGAAGCUGAAAUGGACCUUGGGACCCCAACAUAUGAUGAAAACCCCAUGAAGUCUUCCAAAAAACCCAAAACGGCAGAAGCAGACACUUCGAGUGAGCUGGCAAAGAAGAGCAAGGAAGUGUUCCGGAAGGAGAUGUCUCAAUUCAUUGUACAAUGCCUGAACCCCUAUCGCAAACCAGACUGCAAAGUUGGACGGAUAACAACAACCGAAGAUUUCAAGCACCUUGCACGAAAGCUGACCCACGGAGUGAUGAACAAGGAGCUGAAAUACUGCAAAACUCCCGAGGACCUCGAGUGCAAUGAGAAUGUCAAACACAAGACGAAGGAGUACAUCAAGAAAUACAUGCAGAAAUUUGGGACCGUUUACAAGCCCAAAGAAGACACUGACUUGGAGUAGUAGUAACAACAGGACAGAGUUCUCACUUCCUCUUCAGAGCUGAACUGCCAUGGACACUUUUUUAUUAAAUAUUCUUUCCACAGGACUUCUGGCUCUGUGGAGCACCAUCUAGAUAUCCCGUGGCAUGUGCGUCCUUUGUUCCAGGCCAGGUUUUAAGGAGGCCAGGCAGAAACAGCAGCAGGGGGGAAAUUUGCACAGACACCCACAACAUCCCUGUGACUCUCCCAUCCCCCUCCUUGCUCUCCCUGUGUGCAAACAAACCUGAAACUUCUGGUCCGGCGGUGCUGUUUCAGCGCAACCUCUUGCAAGCGCGUCUCGUCUCCCCAUACGAGAUCUGUAUGAUAUUUUAACGUAUAUGUGAAUAUAUUGAGUUCUCCCCCACCCCCCUUUUAGCCCGACACGUGUUGAUAUCAUGGGAACACUUUGUAAGAAUAGUUUUGAAGGGGGGGGGGCUGUUUUUGUUUCGUUUGUUUUUUCAUUUCUUUUUUUGUUCUCUGCAAGGUUAAUCUGUUAUCAUGUAAAUAUUUGCAAACAGGCUGCCUCAGGGUUUCUGGCAGGCCUUGUGCUAUGUUGAUAAGAUUGAUUUUACUGCUUAAAUCAUUUUACUUUAUCCAAUUUUUACUGAAGUUUUUAUGUAAAAGAAAAAAAUUAAAAAAUUAAAUAAAAUGGCAA